AUGACCACUUCAAUUGAUUUGGGUGUUACUGCGGACCUCCACGUUCAUUUACGUGAGGGCCAAAUGAUGGAGCUUAUAACUCCAACUGUCCGUGAAGGAGGUAUCUCCAUUGCAUAUGUGAUGCCAAACUUGGUUCCUCCAAUCACAACCAUUGAUAGAGUGGUGAGCUAUAAGCAGCAAUUACAGGCUUUGGCUCCGGAGACCACGUUUCUGAUGACUUUCUACCUCUCCACAGCACUGACGCCGGAGCUGAUCCACGAGGCUGCUCAAAAGAGAGCCAUCCAAGGUGUCAAAUGCUACCCAGCAGGUGUCACGACGAACUCUGCAGCCGGAGUUGAUCCAAAUGACUUCUCGCUGUUCUAUCCAAUCUUCAAGGCCAUGGAGGAGGAGGACCUCGUUCUGAACUUGCACGGUGAGAAGCCAUCCACCGAUAAGGACGGCGAGGAGAUCCAUGUGCUCAAUGCCGAGGAGUCGUUCCUCCCAGCAUUGGCCAAGUUACACGCAGAUUUCCCAAACUUGCGUAUUGUGCUUGAGCACUGUACCACCAAGGCUGCCAUUGAAGCGAUAGAUAAGAUCAACAAUGAGAACAAGGGUGAAAUCAAGGUCGCAGCCUCUAUCACAGCUCAUCACUUGUCGCUGACGGUGGAUUCGUGGGCUGGAAACCCAAUCAACUUUUGCAAACCAGUUGCCAAACUACCAUCAGAUAAGAAGGCCCUUGUCGCAGCAGCCACGUCUGGUAAGCCAUACUUCUUCUUCGGCUCUGAUUCUGCUCCACAUCCUCUUCAUGCAAAGUCGAAACACAUUGGAGUCUGUGCUGGUGUGUUUUCCCAGUCUUUGGCUGUACCAUAUUUGGCUGAGGUAUUUGACAAGGCAAAUGCAUUGGACAAGCUCAAGGGCUUUGUCACUGACUUUGGUAAGGAUUUCUACAAGAUUGACGAAUCCCAGUUGGUAAACAAAGACCACUGUAUCCUUGUAAAGAGGGAACAAACCGUUCCAGACGUCAUCUCAUUGGACGGCUUGAAGGUUGCACCUUUCAAAGCUGGUGAGAAGCUGGAAUGGUCUAUUGAAUGGAGAAAGGUUUAA